AUGACCUCAUCUCCAUCUUCAUUUUCUAAUACAAGUAAACUUCAAGUUUUACCAACACCAACAACAUUAUUAUUUACUCAAUCAGUUAGUAAUAAUUUAACUAUAAAUAAUAUUGGAAAUACGACACAAAAUAUGCGACAUACAAAUACACAAAAUGGAACAUUUAUUCAACAGCACCAAUCAAUGUCUAGUGGAACAAUAACAACACCUACAAGUAUUGUUCGUCUUAAUACACCAAUAUCAACACAAAAUCAAUUUACACCACAAACUCUGUGGACAAAUAAUACAACACAAUCAUCACCAAAACUUCAAUAUGCAUCAACUAUUCAAAGGGACUGUUCUUCUCCAGUUAUUCAACAACAAUCAUCAAUUUUACCAACUAAAAUAGUUGCACAACCAGUUGUUCGUCAAACAGUAACAGCACAACAAACACCAAAAUUUACUGAUGUUCAAAUAAAUGAUUUUGUUGCUAAAUGUCGAACAUUUUUAACAACAUUACUUAAACUUGCUGAAAAACAAGCACCUGAAAAAUUACCCAUGGUUCGAUCAUGUAUACAAGAUCUUUUAGAUGGAACUAUUGAUCCAGAAUCAUUUACUCAACGAUUACAUACACUUUAUAAAUCACAACCACAUACAUCACUUGUGCCAUUUUUUAAAUUAGCGCUACCACAUAUGCGUCAAUUAGUUAAACAUACAUUUGGUCAACCAAUAACAAUUGAAUUAUUAGAAAAAUUAAAUUUACCAUCAAGUAAAAGUAAUGCUCCUAAUACUACUUCAACAGCAAUGACAAUACCAGCGCCAACAACAUCUCGUGUUGUUGUAAAUCCAUCUCUAUUAAGUCAACAAUCGAUAUCAGGUGUUCAACAACCAUUAUUGUAUACAACAGUACAAACACAACAAAAAAUAAAUCUUUUACAACAAACUUCUCAACCAACAUUAAUCAGUUCAACAACAUCAUUACUUGGACAGCAUCAACAACAACAACAAACUCGAACUCCAAUUAAUAUAACUGGUAUACGUCCAUUUGUUGCAGCUGUUUCUCCAUCAUCGAAUACAAAUCUUCUAACUGGACAACAACAAAUUCAACCAGUUUCACAAACAAGUAUUCAACCAUCUGAUUCACUUUUACACCGAACUUUUUUAUCACCAACAACAACAACACUUCAUCAACCACAAAUCAUAACUGUUAAUCAUCAACCAAUUCGAACAGAAAUUGUUACAAGUCAAUCAACAUCAUUCAUCAAUGCUUCAUCUCUUCAACAACAACAACCACAAAUUCAAAUUCAACAGAGAACCAUACUUAAAAACGAAGACGAGCCAGCGGAUGAUAUAAUUGGAAAUAAUAGUUUACUCACAACUGUUGAUGAUCGUCAUACGCGGCAUAUCACUCAUGAAGAUAAAUUAUUGUCUGCGCUUAUUCUACGUCGACGUUUUGAUCAUUUAGCUAAAAAAGAUAAGCGAUGGGAAGGUAGUAAUCUAACAAUACAUGAUGAUUCUGUUCUUGCACUUAUUUCUCAUGCAACUGAAGAAAGACUUAAAUAUUUAAUUGAACAAAUUAAAUCAGUCUCACAACAACGAACGAUUCUUGCUAUCCAGAUGCAACAAACUCAAAUGAAAACAAUAUUAACGGAUGGAACAGCACGAAAACGUAAAUUUGAAGAAAGUGCAAAUCAAGAUCAACAAAUAACAAAACGAAUUUCUUCCAAUCAAUCAUCAAAUAUAGUCAGUCCCAAUAAAAAAUUAAAAUUAAAAAAAUAUAAAUGUCAAGCAAAUCUUCGGGAUUUAAUGCUCAUCAUGGAAAAAGAUAAACACCUUAAAAGAUCAGCACUUCUAUUCAAAGCACUUGAUAAAUUAUCUUAG